AUGUCGGAUUCCCCCCAAUCCCCUCCCAAGGAGGUCGACCAAGGUGCACAGUCACCCGAGGACGAAGCACAAAUGAACGAGCAACAAGACCCACAGGCCGCAAACACGGCGGGCUACGAAUUCGAGGGUGUUAAAGAACAGGACCGAUGGUUGCCCAUAGCCAAUGAUCUGGCCGGCCCCAUGUCUUGCGAUUCGUCCUCCAAGUCGCCCAAAGCGCCUCGCGCCUCCAAGGCCGAUAGAGCUGAUGAGCUUGAUGCUAACAUUCGCAACUUUGCACCAGUCGCCCGAAUCAUGAAGAAUGCCCUGCCCGAAAAUGCAAAGAUAGCCAAGGAGGCCAAGGAGUGCAUGCAAGAGUGUGUUAGUGAGUUCAUCUCAUUCAUCACCAGCGAAGCGUCGGAGAAGUGCCAGCAGGAAAAGCGCAAGACUGUCAAUGGUGAGGAUAUCCUCUUUGCAAUGACAUCUCUGGGAUUUGAGAACUACGCCGAAGCUCUCAAGGUGUAUCUCUCCAAGUAUCGCGAGCAACAGAAUCAGUCAAACCGCGACAGAGUCAUGGAAAACACCCCUUGGGCCGGUGGCAUGAUGGGCGAUGCCAAGGCUGAGCCCGGUGCCGUUGGAAACGAGUUUGCCCCCGAAGGCGCAAACAGUGUCGAGGGUGCUGGUGAUCCUAACUACAUCUAUGGGUCGCAGCCUGGCCAUAACGGCGCUGGUGCUGGCGAUGGCUACUAAGAUGCUUCUAGUCGCUUCCGGAUAUGUCAGGAUUGCAGGCGCAAGGCCUUGCAUUCACCGCUGGCCUAUCACCCCUUGGAAAAUCGACCACAACCAACAACAGUCGCGAUCUGGAUCACAUGGAUCACCGAACCGAUUUGUAUUACCGCUCACCUGCCGUUACGAGAAACCCCCGAGGAAGAAACUGCGGACGGUGUAUAGAGGCGGAUGUAUAUGUACGAGAACAUAUGGAUUAAGGAUAUGGAAUGGAAUAAACCGGAAAAGAUGGGAAAGAGACUCGAUGGUGCUAUCGGAAUGAUAGAGUUCUUGACAAUGCCGUCUCCUAUGCCUCUGGGCUGGGGCAGUCUCGAGCCCAGACAUAACAGUCCUUCGACAGUCAGAUAUCGGACUCAAGGAUACAGACCAACAGCUAUGCAUCGAGUCCUAGCACAGAAUAGAAACUUGCGCAUGGAGUGUUAUAACUGAUACUUGGC